ACAACAAAAAUGAUACGAUGUACAAAAGUAAUUUCAACAUAACUUUGAACAAAUUUCUGCGAAAACACUUGUAGUAGAAAAAUUCUAUUGAUCUCGCCAAGUAUAUUGUAUUAUACGUAUAUAUUAUUUUUUUUUUAUACAUUUAUAAUAAUCGUACGUUUCUGUUGUCCGCGGAUUAAACGCUGGCAGACCAAUAAUUGAAAUUUGAAGCACAGCUAGAUUAUUCAAUCCGUGUUAGAAGGAACAUGGGUAUUCAAGGGCUAAUACCUCUUUUAGAAAAAUCAUGGAGAUCCGUUAAUGUAUCGGAAUUUUCCGGAUGUACUGUGGCCAUUGACGCUUAUUGUUGGUUACAUAGAGGUGUAUAUACUUGUGCUGAGAAAUUGGCAAGAGGAGAGGAUAGUCAAGCGUAUGUUUACUAUUGUAUGCGAUUUGUGUCUAUGUUAUUAGAUCAAAACAUCAAACCGAUUUUAGUGUUUGAUGGACAACGUUUACCCGCUAAAGCUGAUACUGAAUCAAAACGCCAAAAACAAAGAGAAGAAAAUCGAAAAAAAGCUGCUGAGUUGAUGCGUUUAGAUAAAGGAAAACAAGCUUCAUCCCUUUUAAGACGGAGUAUCGAUGUUACCCAUAAAAUGGCAUUGAAUCUUAUUAAGCGUUGCAGAGAGAUUAAUGUUGAUUGUAUUGUAGCACCAUAUGAAGCUGAUUCUCAAUUGGCAUAUUUAAAUUUAAGCGGAAUUGCUCAUAUAGUUAUUUCAGAAGACUCAGAUUUGUUGCUGUUUGGUUGCAAAAGAGUUUUAUUUAAAUUAGAUCAAAAUGGUGCUGGUAUAUUAAUUGAACAAGAAAAAAUACAUCUCUCAAUGAAUAUCCAACCUGAACAGUUUAGUUUAGAUAAAUUUCGUUAUAUGUGUAUAUUAUCGGGCUGUGAUUAUUUACCUUCUGUUCCUGGAGUAGGAUUGGCUAAAGCUCGACAAUUUAUCACUAGAACAAGUGAACCGGAUAUCUACAAAGCACUUUCGAGAUUAGGAUCUUUUGUGAAUAUUAAAAUUCCACCUGAAUACCGUGAUCAGUUUAUGGAUGCUGAUCGUAUGUUUCAAUACCAACCUGUAUUCGAUCCAUUAUCUCGUAGAAUAAUACCAUUAAAUGAUAUACCAGACUCUAAUGUACCUGUAUUUGUUUCAAAGCUAACCUCUGAUCAGGCUUAUCAACUUGCGCUGGGAAAUAUAGAUCCUAUGUCUUUAGAAGUAGUAGAUAAUUGGGAUCCAGAUAUUAAAUUAACUCCUGAUAAAAUUGUAAAAAAGAAAAUUAUUCAAGCUCGUCAUAAAAGUAUUUGGUCAAAAGACUAUCAACCAACUAAAUAUGACCCUAAAGUAUGUACUUUUACACAAGAAAUUGUCAAGAGUACUCCCACUUUAAGUCCUAAGGUGUCCAAAAUUGUCACUCGGUCAUCACUAGUUCAUCAACCACCUGUUAUAAAAAAACGUCUACCCGUGACUGAAGAUGAUAUACUAAGUACUCUUGAUGAAAUUUAUGAAAACGAAAACAUUUUGGAAAAAUCUGACAUUAUUACUGAAGAAAAACAUCAGUCUACAAAAUCGCCAUCCAUCAAAGAUUGUAAAAUUAAAGAUAAACUUUUUAAACGAGAAUCAGACACAGAGGAAAAUGAGUCACCUUCGUUUUUAAAACAACUAACUAAAAGAAAGUAUACAGUUAUAGACCCAGAUGUUCAAAUAGUUAGUGGUUACUUUUCUCCUCAAACACCCAAAAUAAACGAAGUCCUUGAAGAAGAAUCAAUAAAUCCAUUUAAAUCUCGCAAGAUAACCAUACAUAAAAAUAAGAAUACUAAUGAGGAUUUAAAUACCUCUUUAAAUUCUAGCAAUUUUAAUGAAGGAAAUAUACCACAAUGUCUUGAAAACGAGGAAGUCGACACAAAAAUAUUAAAUAAAAAACUGUCUAAUCAAAUUCAAACAGCCUUUAGUUGGAAGAGUUACUCAAAUAAUAGAAUGGUUACAAAUAAAGAAGUUCACAGUAAAGAACAAAAAUACCAGAAUAUUACAAAUGAUACAUUUUCAGUAAUCGAUGAUACUAAAAGAGUCGACCAUGAUAACGAUAUUGAUGAAGGAUUUGGUAGUCAGAGUACAAAAGAAUCUAACAGUUCUCUUCAUGUGACUCCUAAACAGGGAAAGCGGUCAUGUCCAAGGACCGGAUUAUCUAAAAGUGCUGGGAAAAAUAGUCAGUCUCUGUUGUCUAAGUUUGGUUUCAAAACUGGUGACAAACUAAAACGUUGAAGCAAGUAUGCUCAAAUGAUUUCUUUUUAUUUUAAGACUGAAGACAUAAACUGAGUUGUGACAAAAGCUUAUACUCUAAUACAUUUUUUUUUUUAUUGUUAGAUUUAAAUUAUUUAAUAUUUAUAAUGCAUUUAGUAUUUUUACAAGGAUUAUUACAAAUAAAAUAUUUACUACUUGGGUAUGCUUAUAGUUCAUUUUUAUUAUUUAAACCGUACCUGUAUAGUGUCUGAAUUGAACACUGAAAGUCUCCUAGCUGAAACACAGUUAAUGUCUCAAUUUAUAAUUUUUAAAUAGAUUUAAAAUGCAUUAUGCAUCUAUAAAUACUUUUUAUGCAAUAGGUAUAUUAUAUUAAGAUUUUUGUCCUUCAUUAAUUCGAUUGAUCGACAGUAAAAAAAUUUAAGUUUCAUAUCAAUAUAUUUUUUUUAAAUUUAAUAAUAUACAUUCAAUUGCUUAAAAGUUGAGUAAAAUAUAGUUAGUUGCCAGCAUUCUAACUGCAGUGUAAUAUAAAACGGAUCAUUGUCACGAAGAAAACAUAUAUCUAUACAGAUAAUAUAAUAAUCUUAUAU